CAACGGUCAUACUUGUUUUAUUAAGACGCGACGGAGCACCGAUUUUGCCCUUUAAUUUUUCUUAAACGAAAAUGGCCUGAAAUUUGGCCUCAAAAGUGCAACACAAGAAGCGAAGCAUUAAUUUUCUAAACACACAUACACACACACUCACGAGAGAAGAGCCAACGAACUCGUGCAGCGACGCCCAAGAAUGAAACAGCACAAGGCAACAUGAAAAUUACAAGAGAAGCUACAACAACAACAACAACGACAGCAACAACAAACUUUCCAAAGAAGUUGUAGAAAUCUGCAAGCUAAAGAAGAACAAGCGUCCCAGCAGUCCAGCAGCCCAGCCAGCGCCAACAGUAUUUUAUUAGCGGGUGUUGUUGUUGUCAUAUUCACAUCUACUACCCUAAUUCAACGUUUACGUUCCAUAUGCAGGAAUUUAUGUAGAGAGCCCCGAUUCCAAAGAGAUCUGACGACGCCCUAGCAGCGAACAACGAGAACACUAUUUAUUUAUGUGAUUAGUUUUAGUAGUUUUAGUCUCUACACCUGUAAGAAGCCAAAAGUUACAAACCAAAAACGAGAGCGCUGCAUACAAAUUUGAAAUGCAUUCCAAAAUGAUGUUGCUUGCCGUAGUGAUAAUUAACUGUCUGGCGUAUCCACGCUUUGGGGAGGCCUGCUCCAGUCGCACGGUGCCCAAGCCGAGACCUUCGAUCUCUUCAUCCAUGUCCGGGACAGCCCUGCCGCCGACCCAGGCGCCGGCCACUACAACCACCACCACAAUGCGAACCACGACCACCACGCCGCGUCCCAACAUCACAUUCCCCACUUACAAAUGCCCCAAGGACUUCGACGACUGGUACUGCCUGAACGAUGCCCAUUGCUUCUCGGUCAAGAUCGCCGACUUGCCAGUCUACAGCUGUGAGUGCGCCAUCGGGUUCAUGGGCCUGCGCUGCGAGUACAAGGAGAUCGACAACACCUACGUGCCUAAGCGGCCGCGUCCGAUGCUGGAGAAGGCGAGCAUCGCCAGCGGAGCGAUGUGCGCUCUGGUCUUCAUGCUCUUCGUCUGCCUAGCCUUCUACUUGCGCUUCGAGCAGCGGGCUGCUAAGAAGGCGUUCGAGUUGGAGCAGGAGCAGCUGGAGUACGAGGACGAGGACCAGUGCGAGUGCUGUCGCAAUCAGUGCUGCUCGGCUAGUGAUGAGCCCCCCGUGGUCGUUAAGCGUAAGCUUCCCUAUCACAUGCGGCUGGAGCACGCACUGAUGUCCUUCGCCAUCCGGCGCAGCAACAAACUGUGAGGACCUCCAGCAUUCACAGAAAACCAAAAAACUACAGAAUAUGCCUUGUCUACAAAAAAGAAAACUGCAUGCCACGAAUUUUGAAGUGAGCCUUAGUCUGCCUGGAGUUUUAAUUCCUAUCUUCUACACGCUAAGAGCAAACACAUUGAAACUACAAAUCCUGGGAUCAGCCUGGGAUUUCCACUUUCUUUUAAUGAAAGCAUCACACAGAAGUGUUUCCAUGUCCGGCUUUGUAUUAUCGAAUUGAUUGUAUUUUGUACACCCUACGAUAGCUAUUUAUUUUUAUUUCCAUCUGAUCUUCGAAUCAAACACAAACACAGCGCGAACAAAGCGUCAAGUAUUAUUUAUUAUGAGCGAUGUAAGAAAAAUGAUAUUUUUUAAAACAUAACUUUUAAAUAAACGAAAUGAAUGCACCAAGCUAACAACAUUA